AGUGAUGGAUAAUUUAAUGGUCUCACUGUAACACUUGGUAUGUUUUUCGAUUUCGAGCAAAGUCCCCAUAGAAAAGGGUUGGGUGGGAAAAUGAGAGGAUAACACCACGGCAGCUCAAAAUCUACAACAGGUCUCAAAAGUAAGCGUAAAAUUUUCGAUUUUAAGCAAUGUUUCACAUUUGGACACAAGCUGCUUGAGCCCUGUAGGCGUCGAUAGCGGGUUCCAGUGUUGACGGGUUUUAUCGAAUAAAUAAUCUAUGGUAUCUUUGAUAGAUUGAAAAGUACUUCAACAAGUCCAGGCAUGAGAAACCAUUAAAAGCCAGUUUUACCACCUGGCAGAAAUUCCUUGCAAAGUAGAUUUUUGCCUUUGUUGUCAACCACUGAUUCAUUUUUCAUGGUAAAACAUUUCUACACACCUUCGAUUCUUCAAGCAUUAGGUAAAUGUUGUUGUUGUAAAGUAACAUGGGGUUGAUUCCUAUCCUACUAUAACUGACUUGUAGGUAGGUUUGGCAUAUCUGGUACUUUUGUGACCAAGUGUAUCGUCAAAUCAAACCACUAACCCAAAAGGAAAGUGGGGAACUCCAAAGAAGCCGCAUUUGAGCGGAAAGGACCUAGCAAGGAUCCCAGCUUCAUCCCAGUUUGAUUUUGGCUUUUGAAGAGGCAACCACCCUCACGUUCGCUCUCUCUCUCUCUCACUUGUCCACUCUUGGCACCCUCAACAAGAUGAAGCUCAGCACUCAGGUGUUGGUUUCUGUGACUCUAAUUGCUUUGUUUGCCACUCCAUCGGCGGAUGGGGUUUUGUUUUGGAGUUGGAAGAAGAGUUCUCUCCUCUAUUUCAAGCGUUGCUGGUUGUCAUAUGAUUCCAAGUUUUGUAAAGGAAGCGCUUCCAUUCAUCCUCAAGACAACGGAGGCUCUGACAGCCUCGGUAUGGGCACUUAUCCCAUUGUGCCGAUAGGUAUUCUUGGCACCCCUGACUCACAAUCGAGUACCAUCAAACCAACCACCACUUCAACAACAGCAACCACAACAACAACCAUGACGACAACAACAUCUACCACCACUACCACUACCGAUUCUACAACCACGACAACGACAACAACAACAACAACGUCAAGUCAGACCACAACCCCUCCGCCCACCUGCCCGCCUUAUUCUGAGAUCAAUUUCCUUCAUCUCUUCAACUUUGGCACCAAGCUGGAAGAAGAGCUUGCCUUGACCACAUUGACGGAUUCUCCAUCUCAAAAUCGAAUCGACAAGACUAUUUCCGACCUUUGUCUGUUGACCAGCUUUCAAUGCACAACUAACUCUGAUUGCGGUCAAGGAAGGCUGUGCUGUGCCGCCAAUGCCCCUUCCAAUAGCUUCAAAGACACCUUUGACUACAGUCUGGAUUACUAUGAACACGAGGACGAUGUUACUGAAGGACCAAUCAUUGACGAAAUCAAAAGCAGAUUUUGCAAGAUCUGCAUUUUCCCUCAUUGAUCCCUAUUUUGACCAAUAAUAAAUAUGAUAAAGCACUUUAGGUGGGGCUUGCCCUUUUUUCGUGGAAUCCGGCAAGCCAUUUCCUAUUCUUCGGAAUUGUUUGAACCUUCUAGUAAGAAUCGCCUAAGAACUUUGUAAAUAAGAAAACUCCAAUGACAGGGUAGAUCCUUCAUGUCUUUUCUCAUUUGGUUGAGUUGACUACUAACGAAAAAGUUCAUUUAGAAAAAGAGCAAUAAGGAUGUGUACACAAGUACGACAUCGUAGUUUUGAGCCCAUGAUAAAACACCAUCAUUCUUAACUCGUAUCAAUCUAU